GACAAAAUGAAAAACAUCACUUUAGCAUUUCCCAAUACAGGUCUCCUUCCCUUCAAGAUACCACCAUGAGCUCCAGCCACACCCAGAAGAACCGAGGGGACUCCACUCCGCUGCCUCCAAUCAACGAGCGCCUGGCUUUCCUGCGGCCGUCCAGAGAGCUGUUAGAGUAUUACCGCAAGAAGAUCGCUGAGUUUGAUGAGGAACACGAGGAUCUGGUAAAGCAACUGGAGCAAUACAAAGCUACCUUUGAGGAGCAGGAACGUUCAGAUAAGGUGGCCAAGCGGCUGCAAUUGAUGGCGCAGAGAUACGAGGCUCUGGAGAAAAGGCGCAACAUGGAGGUAGAGGGCUAUAAGACUGACAUCAAGCUGCUGAGACAGCGGUUAAAGGAUGUAGAGAAGCAACUAUUCAAGGUGACGCUGAACAUCGGGCCAGACCAAGAUCUUGCUAUUCUGGAUGCAGUGCGGCAGGGCAACAAAAAGACACAAAAAAUUCAAGGGGAACUGCGCAACUUAAAGGCCAAAAUCUGUGGCCUGGGGAAUGAACUGAGAAUCGGAUAGAGCACAAGGGAGACUGACGGAGCUGCCACACUAAACAAGGAGCCACAGGUGUUGGGCGAUAUUCCUCUGCACCCCCCUUUCACCCCGGAGCUCGGCAAUGAAAGGGUGCGUGAGGAGCUGCCUUGCAGAUGGUCUCCUGCCUGGGUCUCUCUGCAGGCACUCGCUGAUGAAGAAGCGGAACUCGUCACUCCUGGAAAAAAAAACGGUGGUAAAAUGAUAAUUGUUUGUGUUACAUUUCCCAGAGUUCACAGUGUGACGACUCCCUGAUCCUGCCGCUCUGUACCCAACCCAAUCACAGCACAGGCAGCAAUAGGGGGUGAGCCCCUUCCCUUCUAAGGGUUCCACUGCUCUGCCUGAAAUGGGGGGCUAUUGCACUUACUUAUGAACCCUGAAUUAUAAGGGUACAUUUACCUGUGACCAAAUUACUGUCUCUCUGGUUUUGCCUAUAUCUUAGCCCGGCUUGUAUUGGCUGCCAGAUACCGGCCCCAAGAGCUCAAGCUCAGCACGAGAGUCUGCGUUUGCGCAUAGAGCUACACAUAUUACGCAUCACCUUCACCCUUAUUUCAGCCCGGACUGGGAUACAAAAUAGGCCCUGGCAUUUCAUAUCCACAGAGGCCAAAACAGCCCCCCAGCCCAAUAAAUAGCCACUGCCUAUGGCAUCUCACAGCAUUUACCUGCCCUCACUUAUUUCCCAUUUAUCCCUUCCCCAUCCUUACUUUAUGUCAUAUCCCAAUGUCCCCCUCACCAUAAAGUCUACCUUGCCCAUUUCUCCACCUUUCCUGACUCAUUCACACACCUUCUUACACGCUUUCCAUUUCCCCACCCUCCCCAC